AGGACUGGGCAAGGGAACGAAUUCGCAGUGCGCGAGAUGCGACAGCAUUCGCGUCAACAGCUAGCGGCCCGUUACCACCAUCACCAGCAGCAGCACCAUCAGCAUGGCUGGAAUUAAACCGAACGUCUACGCCGUGAUAGUGACCUCGGUGGGUUUUCUCUGCCUGGUCAUCAGUGCGACAGCCGUCGGGGUGCCGGUAUGGGCGUACUACGAGGGCCGUGGAAUAGAGGAUCGUGGCUAUUUUGGUCCUUGGCAAAAAUGUCAGGUGCUCAGCUAUCGGGAACGGUGCGGUGAUAUUGGGCGCUUCAAACCAGACGCUGUCGUAUUUGUGAGCGGCCUGUUGGCGGUCGGUGGAUGCGCACUGUUCGGAAUCUUCUGCAUCCUAAGCAUUAUCCAGAUUGCGAUGAUAUCGUCCCGCGAUCGGGUUUGCAUGAGCUACAAAGCGCUCGUGCUGCUGAAACUAGUCGCAACCGUCAUGGCCGCCGGGCUUUCCGUAGCGGCCGCCAUCCUAUUCGCACUGCAAACCGAUGACAAUGCCCGCGGUUACCAGAUUACCCGGGGGAUCUCCUUCUAUCUGCAAAUUCUCGUCACGGCACUAUCGCUGGCACUGCUCGCUUUGGCCGCGUACGAUCGUAUCCUUACAAAGCGACCUGAUGGUGAUCCAACGAUGCUCUCGAACGCAACGUCCAAUGGACGAGGAGGAGCAGCUGGAGCAGGUCGCACCGGUUCCACAUACAAUAAUCCUGGCUUCCGAGAGACGUCACAUAAUCCGAAUGGUAUUGCGGUAACCGAUUCAUCCGGACGGCCAUACUCAUCCGGCAUGAAUGGUAGUAUGCAGUCGGUCAACACCACCGUCACAACUGUCUCGAACGGUUCGACAAUCGGGUCCGGUUCGGUAACGAGAACACCGUUACGAUCAAGUCUUAAGAAACCACGCCCGCCAAACUCAACUACCGACGGGUUAGGCAUCCGCAAUCCCGGCUACUCCGGUGGCAAUCAAUCGCCGCGGAUGCAGCGGAACGGUAGCGUUAAAAAGGUGCGCAUUCAAACGCACAGCACAGACGUUUAGGGUAGUAAC